GGCCGGUAGCGGAGGUGGAGACGGGAAGAGGGUGGGAGGGGAGUCGCUCGAAGAUCGUCGCAUCCAUCGACGGAUCUCUCUCUAGCUUGUCAUCAUUUAUUUAUAUAUAUACUCUCCCGGUGGCCAUCGCUGCUGCCGCCCCCCGCCUGGAGUUGGAUCUCACUGCAUCUUCCCAUCCGCCCCACCACCUCCUCCGUCCCCCGCCGACGUCGCCUGGGCCAGCCAUGGGCACCGGCGCCACCCCGGACCAGCCGGCUGGCGCCUCCCCCGACAAGCUCCGCCACGUCGAGUCCAUGUCCGAGCUGCCCUCCGGCGCCGGCAAGAUCUCCGGGAUCAACGCUGUCGUGCUCGGGGAGUCGCUCGCCGACGAGGAGCACGACCUCAUCUUCCCCAGCCCUGAGUUCUCAGCCAACGCGCUCGUCUCCUCCCCGAAACAGUACCGAGAGAUGUACGAGAGGUCCAUCAACGACCCGGCUGGGUUUUGGUCCCAGAUCGCCGAGACCUUCUACUGGAAGGAGAAGUGGAACCCCAGCGAGGUCUGCUCUGAGAAUCUCGACGUCACGAAGGGCCCCGUCCAGAUCACCUGGUUCAAAGGAGGCAAAACCAACAUAUGCUACAAUGCUGUUGACCGCAACAUCGAGGCUGGAAAUGGGGACAAGAUCGCAUUGUACUGGGAGGGCAAUGAGCCUGGUCAGGAUGGGAAGCUAACCUAUUCUGAGCUCUUGGACAAGGUUUGCCAGCUUGCCAAUUACUUGAAAAGUGUUGGUGUCGGCAAGGGGGAUGCUGUGGUCAUCUACCUACCGAUGUUGCUGGAGCUUCCCAUUGCCAUGCUUGCUUGUGCACGUAUUGGCGCUGUCCAUUCGGUUGUGUUUGCUGGCUUCUCUGCGGAUUCGCUAGCCCAAAGGAUUGUUGAUUGCAAGCCUAAGCUUGUGCUCACUUGCAAUGCGGUGAAAAGGGGGGCCAAGCCUAUUCUUCUCAAAGAUAUAGUGGACGCUGCUCUGGUGGAAAGUGAGAAGAAUGGAUUCUCUGUAGGUCUUUGUUUGACAUAUGAAAACCAGUCAGCAAUGAAGAGAGAAGACACAAAAUGGCACGCUGAAAGGGACGUUUGGUGGCAGGAUGUUGUGACUCAAUUCCCUACCAAGUGCGAUGUUGAAUGGGUGGAUGCUGAGGAUCCAUUGUUUCUAUUGUACACAAGUGGUAGCACUGGAAAGCCUAAGGGUGUGAUGCAUACGUCUGGGGGCUAUAUGGUGUAUACUGCAACAACAUUUAAGUAUGCAUUUGAUUACAAGCCAACGGACAUAUACUGGUGCACUGCAGACUGUGGCUGGAUUACCGGACAUAGCUAUGUGACAUAUGGUCCACUCCUGAAUGGAGCUUCAGUUCUUGUUUUUGAAGGGACUCCAAACUACCCUGAUUCUGGUCGGUGCUGGGACAUUGUGGACAAGUACAAGGUGACGAUAUUUUAUACUGCACCAACACUCGUCCGUUCACUUAUGCGUGAUGGUCCUGAGUAUGUUACACGCUAUUCACGAAAAUCUCUCCGAGUCCUGGGAAGCGUUGGUGAGCCAAUUAAUCCUAGUGCAUGGAGAUGGUUCUACAAUGUUGUUGGGGAUUCACAAUGCCCCAUAUCGGACACUUGGUGGCAGACUGAAACUGGUGGUUUCAUGAUGACUCCUUUACCUGGUGCUUGGCCUCAGAAACCAGGUUCUGCAACCUUUCCCUUCUUUGGUGUCCAGCCAGUCAUUGUUGACGAGAAAGGACAGGAGAUUGAAGGAGAAUGUAGCGGGUAUCUUUGCAUUAAGAAAUCAUGGCCUGGGGCUUUCCGGACCCUCUAUGGAGAUCAUGACAGAUAUGAGACCACGUACUUCAAGCCAUUUGCUGGCUACUAUUUUACUGGUGAUGGUUGCAGCAGGGACAAAGAUGGUUACCACUGGCUUACUGGAAGAGUAGAUGAUGUUAUCAAUGUUAGUGGCCAUCGAAUUGGCACAGCAGAGGUUGAGUCUGCUUUGGUUUCACAUCCACAGUGUGCAGAGGCUGCUGUUGUUGGUGUUGAGCAUGAGGUCAAAGGUCAGGGAAUAUAUGCUUUUGUAACUUUGGUGGAUGGUGUUCCUUAUAGUGAAGAACUACGAAAAAGCCUCAUAGGAAAAGUCCGCAAUCAGAUUGGGGCAUUUGCAGCUCCUGACAAGAUCCACUGGGCACCAGGACUUCCUAAAACCCGCAGUGGCAAGAUUAUGCGCAGAAUCUUGCGCAAAAUUGCCGCAAAACAGUUGGAUGAACUUGGUGACAUCAGCACUCUUGCUGAUCCUGGUGUCGUUGACCAGCUAAUUGCCCUCAAAGAUUGCUAGAGUGUAAAGGAUUUUGAGUGGCGGAUGCAACUUCGUGGAUGCGUGCAUGUUCCAGUUUUUUCUAUGUGAUUAUAUGAUGGGAUGAUGUUGAUUAUAGCAUAUCCACUAGUCUCCUUAUAUGCAGUACCAAGUUCUUCUGAGGCUAGUGAAUUAAAAUGAGGUGUAAUGAUCUUCAGUUUGGUAUUCCACUUUUGUGAACCUCUCCUCACAUACUGAGAGACCUCCAUUAUGUAUUGAUUUACUCAAUAAAGAUGUGUCAAUAGAAAAAAUGUCAGACUGUGUAA